AUGGCUUCUCCCAUCGAUGCCCUCCUGAGAAGCAACGCCUCCUAUGCCUCGAACUUCCAUCGCGCGCCUCCGGACUUUGCUAAACUCGGGGAGCUAGCCAAGAAAGCGACAUCAAGGAUCUGCAUUAUCACUUGUGCAGACCCUCGCAUCGACCCUGCUCAGUUCCUCGACUUACCUGGUAAUUCCGAUAUUGUCAGCAUAGUCAUGCGCAAUGCCGGAGGAUCUGCACGCAGGGCUUUGGUUGAUCUACUUGCCGUAGACAGCCUUGUCUCGUUCACCGAUGUGUUCAUCAUUCGGCAUACGGACUGCGGGACCACACACUUCACGGAUGCCAGCAUCAAGCGUGGCAUUCGAGAUCAACUGGCGGAUGAACACGACAAGUUGGAGCUAGAAGCGAUCGAGUUCGGGGACUGUGCAGUCCCACCGGAGCAGAGGUGUUCUGAGGAAGUCGCAUGGCUGCGCGAGCAAGCAUUCUUGCGCGAGGAGCUGCGAGGAAAGGUCGUGGGUGGCGUCUACGAUCUGGACACCGGGAAGGUGGAACUUGUGAAGUGA